AUGGGGUCAUCAUGGAAGGCCACAGCUUUGCUAACAUGGCUUCUUGCUGCAGAAUCAGUACACAGUCUUCCGCAGACGCAGCCAAUUGGCAGCGUUGCGGAAAAGAUCUUGGAGCAGACUGCUACAGGGCCUAGCACUGCUUUCAAGACUCAAUAUCCUCCUUCGAACUCUGAGGAGCGGCUGCUUAUCCCAGAGACCUCACCAAUCUACCGUAUUGCCCUCAAUAACGACGGUCAUCCAGCCGAACCUCCUUUUCCGUCACCGGACGUUGGACGAGUUCUAGACGGUAUCUCGGACUUAUUUUCUGACGACGACCCCGACGACGACGACGACGACUCGAGUGCUGAUCCUGCUCUGCCGACUACAUCUCAACUUCCUGCCACAGCUCCGCCAACAAGUGCUCUUCCAACAGACUUACCAAGUUUGGGUUCCUCCACUGAUCUGCCGGGACCUCCAGACAGUUCUGAUCACCCAUCGACUAUGGACAACCAGGAUGUCUUCGAGCCAGUCGCCACCAAUGCGCCUCCUGCGAAUAUCAAAGCUCGUAGUGAUCACCCGGUGAAGAAUCUCCAUGCCAAUACAUCUGAUCCGAUUGAAACAAACAAGUUCUAUGCCGGACUAUUUCUUGGCACUCAGACGAAUGCUAGCUUCACCCAGCCGUACUCUCUCGGUUGGUCGAAAGGACAAGGUACCCUCAAGAGCUACGGUGUCGGAGUCUCGCAUCUGGAAGCUAAGGUACUGGCAUUCGGUCCAAAGAACCAUAAGCUCCCGGGUGACCCUGUCGAGUACUACAUCAAUCCCGUGGGGCUUCAGCAUGUGGUUCUAUCUGCCACCGAGCUGGAUGCGUCCAGUGUCCUCGACGUCGAGGAGCCCAAAGCUUUCUCCGCUCACGCCGUCUUGAAGCGCUCUGCCGGUUCCGCUCAAAGCAUUACCUUCCCCGUUGUUCAGGGUAUGGGAUACAUCACCGGUAUCUACAAUCGCCUCCAGCCCCUGAUCGAGAGUGGAGUUUUCUUCCGCAAGGUUGUCAGCGCUGGAUCGCCCAAGCCUGGAAUCUUCAAGUACCAAGUUGAUCUGGAAGAUGAUACGCACUGGGUGCUCUAUGUAUCUCCCAACGAUGACAAGGACCCGAACCUGAAAUUGGUUUCCAAGUCGAGCAUCCGUGGUAUUCAUGGUUUCUCUGGUACUAUCCAGAUCGCCAAGAACCCUGCUGGCAAAUCGGGUGAGAAAUUCUACGACAGCUCUGCUGGUGUUUAUCCCAUUGCAGGUCAAGUUACUGGGUCUGUGGAUGGCGAUACUGGCUCGUACAGCUUGGCCUGGACCAAAGCCGGAAAACACGCCCACGGAACUCCCCUCAUUAUGUUUGCCUUGCCGCAUCACGUCGAAUCCUUUGACAGCGGCACUGCUGGACGUGUCACCAGCAUCCACCUUCGAAGUACUACCAAGGGCAAUGCGACUGCCGUUAUCGGCGAUAGCUGGACGAUGGUUGAGCCCAAGCUCCCGGUUGAUAUGGGAUUUGCUCCUUGGUCAGCGAGCUCAGGCAAUGUCCACGCCUUAUCCCCUGAAGCCAAGAAAGCAAUCGUCGAUGUUGCCCCAUACGAGCUGCAGCAGAAUAUCUCCAAGGAGACUAACCUGAACAGCAUGUAUUACAGCGGUAAAGCGCUGAGCAAGUUCGCGACUCUCGUUUGGACUGUUUCCCAGCUUGGCGGUGAUUUGCACGCAGCCAGCGAUGCCUUCCAGGAGCUCAAGAGCAGCUUUGCACGCUUUGUUAAUAACGAACAGGAGUAUCCUCUCGCAUACGACUCCGUCUGGAAGGGUGUUGUCUCGACAGCAGGAUACAAGGGCGACUUGAACCAAGAUUUUGGAAACACCGCGUACAACGAUCACCAUUUCCACUAUGGCUACUUCAUCCAGGCUGCGGCUAUCAUUGGCUCUCUUGACUCCAGCUGGCUGGCCCAGAACAAGGACUGGGUCAACAUGCUGGUCCGCGAUGCCGGCAACUCAGUGGAGGAUGACCCGCACUUCCCUUUCUCUCGCGCCUUCGACUGGUUCAACGGUCACUCAUGGGCCAAGGGUCUUUUCGAGUCCUACGAUGGCAAAGACGAAGAAUCCACUUCUGAAGACACCAUGUUUGCGUAUGCUGUGAAGAUGUGGGGUCGUACGAUCGGUGACGCGAGCAUGGAGGCUCGUGGAAACUUGAUGCUGGGCAUCAUGCGCCGAUCCCUGGACAACUACUUCCUCAUGCGCAACAACAACACCAACCAGCCUCCGAACUUUGCCGGAAACAAGGUCACCGGCAUUCUCUUCGAGAACAAGGUCGACCACACCACCUACUUCGGUAACAGCCUGGAAUUCAUCCAAGGAAUUCACAUGCUCCCUCUCCUUCCCAACUCCGCCUACACACGAACCCCGCAAUUCGUGGCAGAGGAAUGGGAAGCCAUCUUCGCGCCGAAUGCCUCCACCCCUGCCGACAAAGUCGAGGGUGGCUGGAAGGGCGUCCUGUUCGCAAACUUGGCCCUUGUCAACCCCAAGGCGUCAUGGAGCUUCUUCGCUCAGCACCACUUUGACUACAGCUGGAUUGACGGCGGUGCCACACGCACAUGGUACCUCGCCUAUGCCGCUGCCCUUGGCGGUUUCUAG